AUACAGUUGAAAGCUAACGGUACAUUUGUACAUUAUCUGUUCCCAGGGUUGAACAGAAACAUUCUGGUUCUACUGGACUCUUCAGGAAGUUUAUCAGACUAUGAGUUCUCUCAGCUGCUGCGAUUCACCUCCAAACUGCUCCGCCCUUUGACACUGGACAAUGGGAACGUUAGAGUGGGGCUGUUGCAAGUGGGCACCAGCCCACACUUGGAGUUUGGGUUGGAUGUCCACAAGAGUCAAAGAAGUCUGCAGGAAGCCCUGCAGACUGUCAGGCAUCUGAGGGGAAACACCAACACGGUGGAGGCCCUGAGGUUGGCUCAGCGACUCCUGUCUGAGGCGGAGGAGGAGGAGCCAAAGAUCCUGCUGUGGCUGACUGAUGGAGCGCAGCCUGGAGACGUGACGGAGGCCAUGACGGAGCUGAAGACGCGGGGAGUGACUGUGAUGAUCGUCGCCACCGUACACGCCAACUACCACCUGUUACAACAGGCAGUGACUCCUCCCCUGGAGGCCAACCUCUACACCGUGGACAUGGAUGACAUUGACAUCAUCACAGAGGAGCUGAGAAAGACCAUCAUCAGUAUGUGUGUGUCUUUGAGC